ACCCUGUUUUCUGCUCAUGAGCGGUACAAAUACGAAGCUUCUACACUCAGAGUGACGCCCCACUGAUUAUUGCCACCAAAGUCAACCCAAAUGGAUGUAGUGUUAACAGACGAACAUUCGGAGUUCCUGGCAGCCAUGUCCGUCAGUGUGGCUGCACUUCUUACUCAAGAGAUACCUGAGUCUCUCUCAGGCGAUGAGAAGCCUUUGGUUUCUGUUCAUUCCUUCCCUCCCGAGAUAUUGUCGUACAUCUUUCUACUCGGUCAGGAAGGAAGUCAGGGCGACUGCGCGCCGAUUUUGCCGAGUAGUGAUCAAGAUGUUCUUGCUGGAAUUCCUUUUGAGCUCACCGUUUCCAAAGUCAGUUCCUACUGGCGAGAUGUUGCAAUAUCUACCCAACUUCUUUGGUGUCGUAUCAUCAUUUCGGCCGACUCUUGGAGGGAGUGCGUGUAUGCGUAUUUGAAUCGCGCGGCUGGCAGCUUGUUGGAUGUACGAAUUGAAGCCGCCAAUAACAAUGGCUGCGACCUCGAUUCUAGCAUUCUUGACGCUGUGUGUAGCCGUGUCCAUUCCUGGCGCCGUUGCGUUAUCGAAUUGGAGCUGGAGGAAGAAGCUCAUCCAGUUAUCGCACGCCUCUGCGAUGUCGCCGCUUCUAAUCUCCAAUAUAUGUCCCUUUCUCUAAGUGAUUUCGAAGGUGCAUCAAGGGCGCUCCACAUUUUCAGGGGCGGCAGCCCAGCCCUUUCUUUCGUCCGCCUGGGUGGAUUAGGCGUACGUUUUUUCCACCCACCCUUGAACGCCGCCACCACUCUUCAUCUCGACCAAACGAACUUUACAACCUUUCGCUAUGAUUCAUUUCGGCAGAUGUUGAUGUCUACCGAGAACCUGGUACAUCUAUCCGUGUAUGGCGACAUCAUUGGAGCAGUACCCUGGCCCGAAGCCAACGAGGGCACCCUGAUUCGUAUGCUGUCGCUGAAAUCUCUACGUAUCUGUGGAUUCAGUGGAUAUGUAUACAGCGGGCUUCUGCUCAACCUCGAAGCACCCCUGCUGGACUCCCUUAUCCUCAAAGGCGCAAUCGAUAACGAUCUAGAUCCUUUCCUAUCCUCAUCUAUUUCUCCAAAAUUCCCGAACCUUCGCCACCUUACAUUCUGCGACUUCAAUCUUUCCCUCGAAAGCCAAUAUACGCGGCUGUUCGCGUCGUUUCCCGCAGUGACCGAAUUCACCUCGAUGAACCCUGAUUUUCAUCCUCCCCAUAUGCUCAGAUAUCUAGCAACGCCUCUACAAAUUGGCGGGGUUGCGCCCUGGCCGAAUCUUCAGAGACUCAAUAUGAUUCUUAACUUUACGGAGCAAUCACUCAUUAAAAAUGUGGUUAAAUGGCGAAUCAAUUCUGGUCAUCCGCUGGCUAAGCUGUGCUUUCUCGCAGAGCAGGAGCAUUUUUCGGAUCUUUGUGACUAUGAAUGGUUGAAUGACCACGUCGAGAUGGAAGCUGUUGAGAGUUUUUGUGAUCAUUGGCCGAGAGAUCUCAGGUUUGAAGAUAAAGACGAUUACAUGUUGCGUUAGGUAUCGAUAUUGUGUAUAAUUAGCUGCAUACUUCAAGCUUGGUUUCAACUUUUGGAUGUGACCGAGCUUCGGAUUUGUAACGAAGGAACUGUGAAUCGGAGACUGCCGGAACAAUUCAAUUGUGUCUGCUAU